AUGAAGUCAAAACAUAAGAUUCGAUCACCUUUAACGAAUGUUGUUUGCAAACCACAGGUUUCUCAUCAAGGAGUUAUCUUUCGUGAUAUUCUUGCCCCUGCUUCACCGUCUUCUAAGAAGAGAAGGGCAACUGAUAUGGCCAAACACAUAUCAAAGAAGAAGAAAAAGAGUUGGGUGAUUAUUUCAUCAGAGUCUACUGCUGAUGAAAAUGAAACAAUUCCAGAAACACCGAAAGCUGAUCUUCAGAAAGAUUCUUCUCAUAUUGCAUCAACUGAUGUAAUACCACCCGAAAUUUCGGUUGCCAAGAUAGUUUCUGUGGAAGCACGAACUUCUGACAUUUUUGUAAACAUAUCUAAUAUGGAUGCAAAUGUCACAAUGGGUGAGGAUGCUUCAUAG